UCACGCACUCUCUCAAGUUUUCUCUCUCUGAACUUUUGAAGCAAAGACAAUGGCGGCAAUGCUGGUGUCUCCGCCACCACCACCGCAGCUUCUACAUCCGCCGCCUCCGUCGCCGGGACUUGAGCUGCACAAGGCGGCGCUUUACGUGGGGGAUCUGGAUCCGGACGUGUCGGAGGUUGAGCUGGUGGACGUCUUCUCCGGGAUGGGUCCUCUGGUCUCCGUUCGCCUCUGCAGAGACUCACUCUCCGGAAAGUCCCUUUGCUAUGCUUAUGUCAACUUCUUCUAUCCCUCCGAUGCUUCUAAGGCUUUGGCAUGUCUUAACCACACUAAACUGAUGGGGAAACCCAUGAGGAUAAUGUGGUCUCACAGAGACCCUCUUCCAAGAAAGACUGGUCUUGCCAAUCUUUUUGUCAAGAACUUCGAUCCUUCAAUCAACAGCGCUUCUUUGCAGGACAUUUUCUGCAAGUUUGGCAAUAUACUCUCUUGCAAGGUGGCGGAAGAAAAUGGGAAGAGUAAAUGUUUUGGGUUCGUUCAGUUUGAUUCAGAUGACUCGGCCACUGCUGCUCUUAAUGCUCUAAAUGAUACAAUGCUUGACGGAAAAAAAUUAUAUGUGUCCAAAUUUGUCAAGAAAUGUGAGAGGAAGGAGGCUUCUGAGGAAACAAAAUUUACAAAUGUGUAUGUGAAAAAUCUGGGUGAAGAUUUGACAGAGGAUAUCAUUCGAGACAAGUUCUCUGAAUUUGGGAAAGUUGGCACUGUUGUUAUCAUGAAGGAUGGCAAUGGGAAAUCCAGAGGGUUUGGUUUUGUGAACUUUGAGUCGCCAGACGAGGCUAAGAAGGCUGUGGAGGCCCUCAAUGGUGCAAUGCUAGGAUCAAAGAAGUUGUUUGUUGGAAGGGCUCAGAAAAAAGCUGAAAGGCAGGAGCUUCUAAAACAUGAAAAGGAGAUGGUCAACUGCAAUAGUGGGAAGGAGAAGGCGUCAAACUUGUAUGUGAAGAAUCUUGAUGCAUCUGUUGAUGACGACAAAUUGCAAGAACAUUUCAACUCCUGUGGACAAAUAACUUCUGCCAAAGUGAUGAGACAUGAUAGUGGGCUCAGUAAAGGAUUUGGUUUUGUAUGCUUCUCAACUUCUGAAGAAGCACGGAAGGCUUUGACUACACUUAAUGGAACCCUACUUCAUGGAAGGUCUUUGUACAUUGCUAUGGCACAGCGUAAAGAAGAUCGUCAGAGGGUACUGCGAGAUUACUACUCACAAUACCUCUUGCAGUAUUAUGGUCCUCAUUUCCUUUCCUCUGGAUCCAGUUCACCUGAUUACUCUUUUGUUCCCUUCCCUCACCCAAAUCCUACCCCACAGAUUAAUUCAUCUCAGCCAAUCAUAUGUCAACAGUUUGGUAGGAACCUUGGUGUGAUGCGCCCUUUUGCCCCACAGAAUUACCAGCAAAAUUUUUCCACAUUUAUUCCAAUGAAGCAAGCACAGCAGGGGAACACCAACAACUGGGGUUAUCAACAGAAUUCUAGGACAUUUGCAACCUCUAAAGUUCCUACUCAAGGUCUCAACUAUGCGAGUCCUUCCAAUCAGAAACUUCACUUCAAGAAAAAGGGGAACAAUAAAAGUGGAUCUGAAGAAGCUUCCUCCAAAGGAUCAGUUUCAGAGAAACACUUUAUUAGAGCACCGGCCCAAUCCAACGUCUGGGGGAACUCCAAGGAGAUAAUCGGGCAUCAUCUCUACCCUCUUGUUCAUAGUCUUCAGCCUGAGCUUGCAGGAAAGAUUACAGGAAUGCUAUUGGAAAUGAACAACUCUGAUAUAAUCAAGCUACUUGACUCGCCAGAUUCCCUGGCAGUGCAAGUGAACAGGCAGUUCAAGCGCUGAAGGAAGCAAAAGCUUGGAGAAGUACAGAAAGCAGUGUUGCUUUGCCCGUUGAGUCUGCUAGCUGCUUGAGCUACUGAACUCUGGGAUUACACAUUUCUAACAUGCCCCUACUACUUUCUUUCUUAUCCAGUUUCAAUCAACAUUGCUGUAUGCUUUUUGUUUUUUUUUUUUCUUUCUUUUUCUUCUUGGAAGCUUAUGCUCUCUGUUAAUCGUCUAACUAGGAGAAACGAACAUCAUAUUUUUCAGUGCUAUCAUAUCCUAAAUAGAACAUUCUAAAUCCCUUUUUUUAA